ACCAAUAAAACUCAAAACUCAAUGGCAGGCAUGGGUGAGUCGGUGACAGGGAACAUAUCCCCAUUACAUUUUUGGUAGCAAGUGAUGAACGAGGGCAAGUAGGGAAUAUAUUCCAAACACCCUCACUCCACGUCCUCUUCAAGCUCUCUCCGCCUUUUCUUCAAGUUCUCCUCUCCCUGCUUAAGCUUAAGCUUAUGCUUAAGAAAGAAGAAAAUGGCGGCGGCCGCACCACCAUAUUCUCCGACUUCUCCUCCUUUCCCACUCUCCGAUGAUCACCUCAUUCACCCUCUCCUUCUUUACCUAUAAACCCCAAUUCUUCUCUCUGUCAUAAAUCAUAACUGGGUUUCUAUUUUCCUACCUGUAAAUUUUACGUAUGGGGGCAGGGCUGUCCGGGGGGCAUGCUGUACUGGCCGGAGACGGCGAAGAGAAAAGGCGGGCGGAGUCGGGUCUGGGCGACAUACCGGAGAGUUGCAUAGCGUCGGUUCUGAUGCACCUGGACCCGCCGGAGAUCUGCGGGGUGGCGAGGCUGAGCAGGACUUUUGGGGAGGCGGCGUCGGCGGAUUGCGUGUGGGAGUCGAAGCUGCCGUCCAAUUAUGAGGUGCUGCUGCAAAGAGUACUGGCGAUGGAUCAGUUGGAGACUACUACUGCAGAAAGCUUGGGAAAGAAGGAGAUUUACAAAAGAUUGUCCAGGCCUAAUCGCUUUGAUGGUGGCGCCAAGGAAGUAUGGCUGGAUAAGAGGAGUGGGAGGAUUUGCAUAGCCAUCUCAUGGAAGGCUUUGAGAAUAACGGGGAUUGAUGAUCGGAGAUACUGGAAUCAUCUUCCCUCUCAGGAAUCCAGAUUCCACACAAUUGCUUAUCUCCAACAAAUGUGGUGGUUGGAAGUAGAUGGAGAACUAGAAUUUGGGUUUCCUACAGGGAGUUAUAGCGUGUAUUUCAGGCUUCAUCUAGGCAAGGCCUCCCGAAGACUCGGUCGACGUGUGUGUAACCUUGAGAAUGUGCAUGGUUGGGACAUCAAGCCGGUGCGGUUCCAGCUAUUGACCUCUACUGGCCACCAUGCCAUUUCCCAGUGCUAUUUGCAAGACCCUGGGAACUGGGUUCACCACCAUGUGGGAGACUUCGUCGUGGAGAACCCGAACACGCUCACGAAGAUCCAGUUUUCGAUGACCCAGAUCGAUUGCACGCACACGAAAGGCGGUCUCUGCGUUGACUCGGUGCUGGUAUACCCAACUGAGUAUAGCUUGAAGGAUGGUUAAGCUAAGGCAGAUUUGUUUGCAGUCCUUAAUUAACCUUACUAGUAAUGUGCAGUAUAUGGGUACACAGAAAUGGGGAAGCUUUGAACAUUGAAAAGCGGCUUGGAUGGCCUUUUGUAGUUCUGUGGUUUAUUUAAUUUGUUCUCUGGCAUGAGAAGCCUUCGAUAAUUUGAAGCAAAAGGCAACUUAAUUUCAUGCAUGUUCUUUGUGAAAUCCCAUAUUCAUAUUUUCAAAAUAUUCAUUUGGGCACUGUUUUCUUUGU